GGACUGGAAGUCUGGAACUUCAUAGCUCCAUUUCCCCCGUUUUUGCAUUCCCCCCCGCCGGCCGCCGCCACCUCUAGGGGAAAACUGAAACAAGGGAUGGGAACAGAAGGAUGGCCAAAGGAGAUGAUGCUGUGGCGAGGAAGAAGAACAAAUCUAGAAGGAAGAAGAUGGAUAAUGACACUUCUUCUUCAGCUGUAUCAGUUCGUGUCGUGUUGCUUCCAUCCUUGCCGCCAAAAAACGCCGGCUCUCCGGGAAGCGCCGCCAGUGUCAGUGGGAAAGACAUACUGGAGAGAAGUGGCUCUUCUUGUACUAUCGAGCAAAUUGCCUGGAUGGUUUCGAUUGCUGCUGAUUCCAUCACGAGUAAGGAAAAAGGACUGUCAUUCACCAGCCCGUUUCUUCUUUUUCAGUUUUUCUUGUGCCAUCCCAGGGAAAGGCCAUACAGUUUGAAGAGUUGUGAACCUGAGUUUCUUGUAUCUACACCUGAGAGACUCCUGGAGCUUGUUUCCUUGAAGGCUAUCAACAUAUCUGAUGUCUCCUUUCUGGUUGUCGAUGGGGCUAGAGUUUCUUUCCAAAGAUGGAAGCACCGAGGGUGCACAUUCAAUCAGGAAACUGAUUUCUGCAAGCUCUCGUGUUGUGGUGUUCGGUAGUCGUAAUUCCUCUCCAGCCACUCAAAAGCUUUUUCCAGGACCAGUUUCUAGAUUGUCACUUGACAAUCUAUCCGCCAUCAGAGUGCAUGCAUUGGGCAAAACCUAAAGCUGUCCCCUUCUGCACCAGAAAAAAAACUUGUGAAGAUUCUUCCCGUGCUUGAAGCCUUGUGAGACUGAAACUAUCAUCAUCAUCAUCAUCUACAUCACCAUUAUCUGGAAGUGUUCAUGUCAAUCCUACUUACCCUCCCGUUCUUUUGGUCAUAAGGAUCCCUUCUCCAGAAGCAGCAAUGGCAGAAAGCAUUCUUUUUCCCCUGGCCUGGGUGGAUGGUUACAGACUUGCAGCUAGUCUGCAGGAAAGCACUAGUGAUAUGGAUUGAAAGAGUAUGAUAUUGAUACCUGAAUUGUGCUGAAGGGUUUUUCCACAGAAGCUUCCUUAGGUGACCGGAGUAGCAAUGAUUAGCUGUGUGGAAAAACUCAAAAAGAGAUAAUAACUUCAUCUGUUUAUGGGGACCGUUCUCUUGGUGACAGGCAACUGUUUUUGGGUGUGGUACGAGAACCCUGUCGUUGUUGCUGUAACAAGAAGAGACCUCCAUUAAUUCUUUCUUGUUUGACGUUGUCCUGAAGUUCCUUAAAAGAGGACCAGCAAGCUUCGGACACGGAAUUUCUGCAGAUGUUUGGUGUAGGAUUAGGACUCAUAAGAUACCAUGAUUUGUUGUUAUAGUGGUUUGUGGAUCAUUGUUUUGGCUU